CUGCUUGCACAUGUUCUCUGAACCUGGUUGUUUGCAUAACCAGAAGCAUAUUUCCUGACUGGCGUGCAGCCCUGGGGUUUAUUAGCUGUAGUCUCGGAUGGAGAAUAAGGAUGGUUGUUCAUCUAUCAGCCACGAAAGACCCUGUCCAUGAGGAUAUUCCUGUGCACAGAGGCAUCUGUUUGACCUUUGCAUUACAAUGCAGAUUUGGAAUCACUGAUGCUGCUUUGUACCAGAGGCAUUGCUGAGGUUCCAUGUGCAGCCAUGGACUUGGAGAAACCAUCUGUCUGGGGAUCCCUGAAGCAGAGAACGAGGCCGUUCCUGCAAAACUUAAGUGUGAGGAAGACGAAGAAGAGGUCGAGCAAGAUGGUGGUGAGCAAGAUCCGCUCCCUGGACCGACGCCUCAGCGUGUCGGUGCCUGACAUGCUGGAGGUGGAGACUCUCACCGAAGAAGAAACAACGUAUUCAAGCACUCAGAUGCUGUCCAGUGGCUACCCCCGUGGUGCCCCCAGGCCUAUGGUGUCUCUGAAAAGAAGGAACUCAUCGAUGAGGCCAGAGGGAGAGGGCUGGCCGUGGCUGCAGCCUUCAGCUGCGUGCACAGAGCCAGCUGUGGCCCACUUGGAUGUGCCUAUGGCAGACGGCCCUGUGUCCGAGGGCAAGCGGCCGUCCAGCAAUGACCUCUUGGAGCUGCUGCAGAGAGCCCACCUGAGCACUGAGCUGGCAAACGAGAUGAUGGAGGAAUGUGGAGGAAUGGAUUUAGAGUCGUCAGUAUCUUCUCAAAUGUUUGAUGAUCAGAUGGGUGCAGAGGAAGGAAGUGAUUGUUUGAGCCACCUGCCCAGCCCCUUUGCUUACCUGCUGACCAUCCACCUGAAAGAAGGCCGGAACCUGGUUAUCAGAGAUCGCUGCGGUACAAGUGACCCGUAUGUGAAAUUCAAACUGAAUGGGAAAACUCUGUACAAAAGUAAGGUAGUCUACAAGAACCUAAACCCAGUUUGGGAUGAGACUGUCGUGCUGCCCGUACAGACCCUCGAUCAAAAACUCUGGAUCAAGGUGUACGAUCGAGACUUAACCUCUUCUGACUUCAUGGGUUCGGCAUUUGUAGUGCUCGCUGAACUUGAACUCAAUAGAACUACUGAACAGGUUUUAAAACUGGAAGAUCCCAACAGUUUAGAAGAUGACAUGGGAGUGAUUGUAUUAAACUUGAGUCUAGCAGUCAAGCAAGGAGACUUCAAGAGAAAUAGAUGGUCAAGUCGGAAGAAGAGAUCUUCAUCCAAGUCGAGUUUCACGCGGAGCGCGCGGCUCUCUGACUCUUUGCGCAAGAACCAGCUGUGGAAUGGACAGGUCACCAUUACGCUCCUGGAAGGGAGGAACAUCCCCUUAGGGGGCUUGGCAGAGGUUUUCAUUCUCCUGAAACUGGGAGAUCAAAGAUACAAGAGUAAGACACUGUGUAAGAGUGCAAAUCCUCAGUGGAGGGAACAGUUUGAUUUUCACUACUUCUCUGACAGGAAGGAUAUGUUGGACAUUGAGGUCUGGAGAAAGGAUAACAAAAAGCAUGAGGAGCUUUUGGGAACAUGUAAAGUUGACAUUUCUGCCCUGUCAAUGAAGCAGACAAAUUACUUAGAGCUGCCUCUGGAAAAACAUCCGGGGUCCCUGAUAAUGCUGAUUGCUGUCACCCCUUGUACGGGAGUGUCCAUCUCUGAUCUGUGUGUCUGCCCUCUGGGAGACCCCAGUGAAAGAAAGCAGAUUGCACAGCGCUAUAGUAUAAAGAAUUCCUUUAGAGACAUGAAGGACGUUGGUUUCUUACAGGUCAAAGUUUUAAAGGCAGUUGACCUCCUGGCAGCAGAUUUUGCAGGUAAAAGUGAUCCUUUCUGUGUGUUGGAGCUGGGAAAUGACAGUCUUCAAACGCACACCGUUUACAAGAACCUCAAUCCAGAGUGGAACAAAGUUUUCACAUUCCCUAUUAAAGAUAUUCAUGACGUUCUGGAAGUGACAGUGUUUGAUGAAGAUGGAGAUAAACCCCCUGAUUUUCUUGGAAAAGUUGCUAUCCCUUUGCUGUCUAUCAAAAAUGGCAAACAAAGUUGUUACAUGCUGAAGAAUAAAGACUUGGAACGUGCUUCAAAAGGAGUAAUUUACUUAGAGCUGGAUGUCCUAUUUAAUCCCAUCAAAGCAACUAUUAGAACAUUCAAGCCCCGCGAAAAGCGCUUCACCGAGGAGAACCGCAAAUUUUCUAAGAAGAUCUUAUCGAGAAAUGUUGAUCGUGUGAAAAAAAUCACCAUGGCAAUAUGGAAUACAAUACAAUUCCUUCGGAGCUGUUUUCUCUGGGAGUCCACGGUAAAGAGCAUGAUAGCAUUUGUGGUAUUUGUGGUCACUGUAUGGAGCGUUGAACUGUACAUGGUGCCCCUGGCUCUGCUGGUGCUUUUUGCAUACAACUUCUCCCUUGUCAGAACAGGGAAGGUCAGCAACACCCAGGAUGCCCAGGAGCUUAUGGGCUUGGAUGAAGAUGACGAUGAGGAAGAUAAGGAAUGUGAGAAAAAGGGACUAAUUGACAGAAUCCACAUGGUCCAAGAGAUUGUUGUAGCUGUUCAAAGCGUUCUAGAGGAAGUUGCAUCGUUUGGAGAGAGAAUUAAAAACACAUUGAACUGGACGGUGCCCUUCCUCUCAGUUCUGGCCUGCUUGUUCCUCGCAGCAGCAACAGUUAUUUUGUACUUUAUACCGCUGAGGUACAUUAUUUUAAUCUGGGGCAUAAAUAAAUUUACUAAGAAGCUUAGAAAUCCCUAUGCCAUCGAUAAUAACGAGCUACUAGAUUUCCUCUCCAGGGUACCAUCUGAUGUUCAAAAGGUGCAGCAUGCUGAAUUGAAACCAUACAGCAGCUCCAGCCCCAUUAGGAAGAAACGGAGUGCUCUAUAGGAUGAAGUACGAUUUCGGAAUGCAGCAUCUCUCUCUGUAACCCCCCACAUGUACACACGUGCUUCCCCCUUCUCUUCGUAGUUCAGAACAACACAAUAAUUUGUUUUUGUUUUUUGUUUUUUUUAAUUUUUAUUUAAGCUGGUCUUUUUGAUAAAUACCUAUUUGAGUUGUCUUUUUGGGCUGUCUCUUGGCAUCAAGAUGUAGCCCCUAAAGAGCAGACUGAAACAUGUGAAUUAGUUUGUAGGGUGGGGAGUAGUGUGGGAGGGUAUGGUGCCACUGCAUUGCCUCUUUUUAUUUUUAUUUUGCUUCAAUUGCAGAGGCUAUGCUGGAUGUGGCAGCGCUCCAUUUUUUUAUGUAGGAGGAAAUAAUUCUGCCUAGCGUAGCAGAUCAGCUGAGCUGAUGUGAGGAGAUGCUCUGAACCAGUUUUUAACAUAUCCAACAGAUUUACAUUAAGAUAUGAAAGCUAUUCUUUUCUGAGUUAAAUCACUGUGCCUAGAAAGGUUUAAGCUCUGAAUUAACGAGUCUUUGAUACCCAUCUUCUGUUCAAGCAGUGUACAUUUUAAAAAGUUUUUUAUCAUAAUUAGCAGAGUGAGGAGCUCCAGCAGUAUCUCAAUAUUUUAUCCAGCACUUGUGGGUUUUUCCUUUUUCCCCUUUCUUUAAA